AUGCGUUUCGCACACGCCUUGGUCGCUGCGCUCUGCGCAGUCGUUGCGUCGGCCCAGCAGAACAAUGCCAUCAGCAUUCCUGGUGGUCAGGGCACUUUGGACGUGACGGCAGGCCAGCCCCUUACUAUUGAAUGGACAAAUCCUUCAAGCGGCACCGUUACCAUCAAGCUGCAGCAAACCCCCAUCACCCCUGAUUCCGGUGUGGUCCUGGCGUCUGGUGUCCCUGCCUCCGCCCUAACGGCAACCCUCCAAAUCCCACCCCCCGAGGAUGUCAACUCCCACGUAUACACCAUUGAAAUCAUCGAUGAUACGAACCCCAGUAACAUCAACUUCUCUCCCAAUUUCGGCAUUCAAGGCGCGACGGGGACGGCCACUGGAGUUGCAACUGGUACCGUGACCUCCACCGCCUCUGCCAGCACUUCCGAUAGUACCUCUGGCAGCAGUACCGAUACCUCAUCUGGCACGAGCACGGAUACUUCAACAAUCACUUCAACUGACAGCUCUAGCAGCUCUGCUACGACCGCAAGCAGCAGCGACAGCAGUAGUAGUGAGAGCUCAGCAACCACCAGCAGCUCCCAGGAGACGACCGCAUCAACAACCUCUGCGUUGCCAACUGAGACCACAUCAGCUCCAAACCCCAACAGCAACGGAGCUGGCAGUCUAAAGGUUCAGGGAAGCCUUUUCGCUCUGGCCGCCGGGUUGAUCGCAGUCUUGUAA